AUGCUUCCAACUACUUUGACACCCAAGGACCUAAUUUUUCGCAUGAGCCGCCAUCUCGCAUCGAAUUCACCAAUAACGCCGGCAGCAUUGCCGAUUGCAUAGCGCAUGGCAAUCCACCGCCGAAUGUCGAAUGGCUGGACAAGGACAAUAAUCCCAUCACCUCGAUAUCAAAGGUCCGUCAUAUGCUCGCUAACGGUUCACUCUAUUUCCCCCCAUUCGAGGCGGAAGAGUUCCGUCAAGAUGUCCAUUGGUCCGUGUAUCAUUGUGUGGCCAGCAAUGCUGUGGGUACAAUUGUUUCUCGUGAUGUCGUGAUCAAAGCAGUUGUAAAUCAACGCUAUGAACCGGAAGUGCAAAAUCCAGGAGGUUUUAUUGGUAGCAAUGUAUUAAUUAAAUGUAAUAUUCCGUCGUUUGUUAAGGAGUAUGUAACGGUAACAUCAUGGCUGCAGGAACCAAAUUUCAAUAUAUAUCCAUCGCUAGAAGGAGAUGGGAAAAAUCAUAUGCUACCUACCGGCGAACUUCUGGUGUACAACAUCACUCGCACCGAUGCGCACAAAGUUUAUCGCUGCCGCACCCAUCACAAGCUGACGCAGGACUCCGUUGUGAGCAGCAAUAUGGGCAAAAUUCAAUUGACUGAAAUGCGUGAACUCGUGCCGCCCAUUAUGAAUGAGAAGGCCACAAGCGUGGUAGCACGCUUGGGCGAUCCCGUUGUCGUGCCAUGCGUGGCGUACGCAAACCCGAAGCCUGUCUAUCGCUGGCAUACGAAACGACCAAACAACGAGGAGUCCAUACAGCAUUUGCUGGCGACAGGUCGUGCAAAAAUUAAGGAAGGCACGCUAAUUAUAACCGCAGUCGAUCGGUCCGACAGCGGAGCCUUCUUCUGCACUGCCACCAACUCGGAAGGCAGCGAAACUUUGGAAGUACAAAUUGCCGUUACAUCACCGCUCACUGCCAGCAUCCAACCCACCGUGCAAACAGUGAAUCUGGGAAAAACCGCAAACUUGAUUUGCAGCAUUUCGGGCUUCCCAAAACAGAGUGUUCUUUGGCUGAAGGAUGGUCAACCACUGCGUUCCGGCGCACGCGUCCGUCUACUCUCCACAGAGCACAUACGCAUUACGUCCAUUACAAAGGAAGACAAGGGGAUGUAUCAGUGUAUUGUGAAAAAUGAUUUGGAGUCGGCCCAAGCCACAGCGGAAUUGCGACUAGGAGAGGUGGCACCGCAACUAAUCUACAAAUUCAUCGAACAGACUAUACAACCAGGACCGUCAGUUUCGCUGAAGUGCAGCGCCAGUGGCAAUCCAACACCGAAAAUUGUCUGGCACUUGGAUGGAUUUCCGCUACCAAAUAAUGACCGUCUCAUGAUUGGACAAUAUGUCACAAUGUUUGGUGAUGUUAUAAGCCAUGUCAACAUAUCUGCAGUAAAGUCAGAAGAUGGCGGCGAAUACGAGUGCAAAGCAAUAUCGCGGGCAGGUGAAGCAUCGCAUUCGGCACGCUUAAAUAUCUACGGUAUGCCAUAUGUGCGCAUGAUGCCGAAACUAUCUGCGGUAGCGGGAAAGACCUUUUUUCUCAAAUGCCCUGUGGCAGGAUAUCCAAUCGACAGCAUCAUCAUAGAGAAAGAUGGCGUCAGAUUGCCAACGAAUAUAUGACAGCGUGUUCAGAACGGCACCCUACUCAUCGAGAAUGUGCAGCGCACCGCCGAUCAGGGAACCUACACUUGCAUCGCCCGCAACAAGCACAACUACACGGCGCAACGGACGGUGGAGGUGAAAGUUUUGGUUCCUCCACGCAUUUCGCCGUUCAACUUCGAAGAGGAAAUCACCGAGGGUAUGCGCACGCAGCUAAUGUGUUCAAGUAGUCAGGGUGAUCAGCCGUUCAAUAUCACUUGGCUAAAGGAUGGCACACCGAUUUUGGGUAAUACCGCACAACAACAACUACCCGUCGCUAAUUUACCCAACGAUUUAGCGGGUGGGCGCUUACAAAAUGGCGGUGGAUCGCUUGGUGGUGGCGCCGGUGGGAAGAGUUAUAGUCCAAUGGAUAGCUCGCUCACCAUUAAUGAGUACACACCGUUUUCCAGCAUUAUUUCCAUACACAAUGUGACGUCACGUCAUAACGGCAAUUAUACGUGUCGUGUCAGCAAUCGCGCGGGAUCCGUUGAGUAUACGGCGGUACUGUCCGUUUCGGUUCCACCACGUUGGAUACUAAAACCCACCGAUCAAGAUGCCAUACUCGGUAAUCCAGUGGCCAUAACCUGCAAAGCCGAUGGAUUUCCAAUACCCACCGUACAAUGGAAGCAGUCGAUUGGUGACUCAGGUGAAUAUCGUGAGCUCAGUUAUGGCAUUGGAAACGGUAACUCACAAUCUGUUAUCGAAACGUAUAACAACGGGUCGCUGAUCAUACCAAAAGUUGGGAGAGAGCAUGAAGGCAGCUAUUUGUGCCAAGCAAGUAACGGCAUCGGUGCGGGACUGAGUACACUAAUCAAAUUAACUGUGCAUGUUGGUCCCUCUGUAACGGUUUCGAAGAAACAAGUUUCCGUCCGUCGUGGUGACCGUGUCACAUUGCGCUGCGAAGCUGAUGGCGAUCAACCGCUGAAUAUAACAUGGCGCGCCAAAGCAAAUCAUAUUGAUCCAUCCUAUGACAUACGUUAUCAUAUCAAAGAUUCACCGUUAAGUCGUGGCACCGUCUCAGAAAUGACCAUACUACAGACCAUACUUAACGAUCGCGGUGAAUACACGUGCAUUGCCACUAACAACUAUGGACACGAUCGCGCUGUAAUUCAUCUGCAAGUGCAGGAGCCACCGAACUUUCCAGUAAAUUUGCAUGUCACCGAUUUGGGUAGCCGGUCUGUAACGCUGGCUUGGUCGCCAAAUGAUCAAGAUUCGAUUUUUAUGAAUAACGGUGGUAAUAAUCGCGAUUCGCAACCUAUAUCGAAUUACAUUUUGCAAUAUAAGAAAGCAGGCGAUGUCUGGCAUGAGCACAAUAACCAAAAAUUAUUGCCCGGCGAUAAGACCACCGCACAAAUUGGUUCACUACGUCCAGCGCAAGCGUAUCAUUUCCGCCUUUACGCCGAAAAUCAUCUGGGUACCAGCGCUCCGAGCGAUAUAUUGCUCGUUCAAACCGAUGCUGAGGUGCCAAGUGGUCGUCCGCAAGAUGUUUCCGCUGAGCCACUAGGGCCACAACAAUUACUCAUCACAUGGCGUCCGCCAGAACGUGACACAUGGAAUGGGGAACUCUUGGGUUACACAAUCGCAUACCAAAAACAUGGUGCGCCAGAUAGCGUACAAAACUUCACUAAAGUUAGCAGCCUAGGUGGUGAAGGUCUUAAUGAUUUUCGCCUUACAGGGCUGGAGAAAUACACACAGUAUGCCAUAUCCGUGUCUGCAUUCAAUGUGAAAGGUGAUGGACCACCAAGCGAGGUGACUAUGGGUCACACGUUGGAGGAUGUACCCUCUGCGCCGCCACAGGGUGUUACUUGCAUUGCGCUAACUGCACAAAAUAUACAGAUCUCUUGGCAGGCGCCACCAAAAGAAUCCAAUCAUGGAAUCAUACAAGGCUAUAAACUAUUAUACGAGCCCGGCAAUAUCGAAUCAGAGUACGGCACGCGUGAAACAAAGAUCACUUCAGCGUUGAGUACGGUGUUACAUGGUCUGCAGCCUUUCACGAACUACAGCGUACAGGUUUUGGCAUUUACACGUGCCGGUGAGGGUGUGCUGAGCCCGACUGUGUCGUGUACCACCGAAGAGGCGGUGCCAGAUGCACCGGAGCGUGUUAAGUCUGUUGUAAGUAGUGAGUCUUCAGUUAUCAUUAGCUGGUUACCACCGCGUCGUCCCAAUGGUAUUGUCACCAAGUACAAUGUCUACAUCCGUAUACUAGACAAAGGGCAAGAGUUAAAAAUUCUCAAAGAAGUGUUGCCCGCAAACAAUCGUCACUUUGAAGCUAAAGACUUAAUGGUGCGCGAAACUUAUGAGGCUUGGGUAACGGCUUCGACACGUGUGGGACAGGGACCGAGCACACCGGUGAUCAAAUUAAUACCGAGCCCCUCUGUGCCCGCAGCCAUUAUAUCAUUUAGUCAAACUUUAAGUGUCAGCUGGCGAGUUGAUCUCAAACUGGCAUGCGUCUUCGUUGGUAACCCAAAACCGAACUCGGAAUGGAAAGUGUUAAAUGCACGUUCUAAGAAACAUUUUCGCUUGGAGGUGAGCAACGAUAAUACUCUGACUUUGCGCAAUAUACAGCGUACUCACGAGGGAAACUAUUCGUGUGUGGUACGAAAUUCGAUUGGCUCCGAUCACAUUGUCUAUCAGGUAUACGUACAAGUACCACCAUCUGCUCCCGUGCUUUCCGUCAUCGGCAGUACCACUAACUCCGUGUCACUGCAGUGGCGAGUAGACGACAUUGGCGGUGCACCGCUGCGUGGAUUUACAAUGACCUUCCGUAAGGAAUUCGGCGACUGGGAAGAAAUUGAAUUGGAUCGACGUGUUAACUCUCAUUUAAUAGAGAACUUGGAUUGCGGCACGCGAUACCAGUUUAAUAUGGUGACUUUCAAUAAAAUUGGAACGAGUGAAACAAGUGCCAUCGAAACAGCCAAAACGAAAGGCAAUAAGCCGAUUGCGCCACAUAAGCAAAGCUUGAUACGCUCGAAUAUCACUUCCGCUUUGUUGGAGUUAUCCUCAUGGCAAGAUGGCGGCUGUCCAAUACAAUACUUCAGCAUUGAGUUCAGACGUUAUGGUAUUUCAAGUGACUGGAUCAUCGUCUCUAGUCGCAUAGAGACACACACACGCUAUACAAUCGGCGAUUUGGAGCCUGGAGCUGCAUAUAACUUGCGGGUUGCGGCGCACAAUAAUGCUGGAUCCACGAUUAAGGAGUACUACUUUGAGACGCUGCAUUUUAACGGACUUUCAGCUGAGUUAGACCAUGGCGACUUACCCGAGGUGCGAACACUCUUUCGUGAUGUACAUCUCAUAGCGGUGAUUAUAACAUCGGUGUUUGGUACGAUCUUGGCUAUAAUCGGCGCUUGCAUAUGCUUCAAGAACUAUCCACGUCAACUAUUUGCACGGAAUGUCGACUCGAUGCGGCCGCAUGGUGCUGAUUGCAAGGAUAUACAACAUCGUGAACAAUACUACGGUACGGUACGCAAAUCAUGCCAGCAAUCACCACGUGAAUCGGUUGCUGGGCUUGAACGCAUACCUGAAUACUCUGAAGAUAUCUAUCCUUACGCUACAUUCCAUUUACCAGAACAUGAAAAUCAAUCGGCUAACAUACCGCUCAACCGCAAAGGAGGCCUGCCGGCAAUGUACGAUCCGCGUGGCGGUGGUGUUGCAGACGACAAUACCCUCUCCAGCACGGGUGCCAAGGUGAAGCGUUCGGUUUCGGCGGGCAUUGGCAGCAGCGCUUCAAAUGCAAAUUUAGGCGGUGGACCGGGCCCGGCGUCGGGCGAAUGUAGUCAUACGAAUACUGAAAAACGGCAUAAACGACGCUCGAAAGCAAUCAAAUCGGAGUCGGAGGAAUACGAUAGCUUGAAUAGUGAUAGCGAUUUGAGUGGUGAACGUAUGCGUGAACGUGAAGAAAGUCGCAGCGGACGUGAGUCCUCUUCACAUCUAGACGAUAGCGGCUAUAAUCCGCACGGUCAUAGUCCCUGCAGUGGUGGUAAUGCCGGAGGCAACAAGGAACGUCUUUCAGUAUUCAGUAGGCCUCAACUUCAUAGUAACAGCAUGGACCCCGUGCCCUUCGACUACCGGCUCUUUGACCCGCCACCAAAACAACCGAAACCAACAAUUGCCUGUGGUGCACAGUCACAAUCGCAUCACCAUCACCAGCGACAAACAUCAUCCACAUCAACAUCCACAUCAGCAUCCACAUCCACAUCUGCCCAAAAUUCAACCAACAAUACAAAUAUGCCCAGCGGUCUAUCCGGUGGCAAAGUACGAUCAAAAGCUACCGAUACUAAUUCCAACAGCGGCAGUAACUUCCUCCUCGCCGGCGAGUUCCAAUGUACAACUAACAGCAUCCCCGCCCCGCAUAUUGUCCAGUCGGGUUCAUAUGUCGAAAUUCUGAAGCAUGCCGCACCACAACCCCCCAACAACCAAUCAAACAACCAACAAACAAUCAUGCAAGCGCCAAAUGCAAAACGUCCAAGCGGCGUUGGCGCUGGCGGUGGCACAAACAACGGUAGUAAUAAUGUUGUCAGCGGUGCAGCAUUGGCUUGUCACAACAAAAGCUAUGGUGACUUUCUGACAAUUACACCACGCCGCAAAGGCAAACUGCUUUCAUCUAGCUAUGGUGACAAACACGGUGGCGCUGGUGGUGGUGCUGUUGGCGGCUUGGAUGGCAAUAACCAAGACAAUUAUCGCCAUCAUUUGCCUACCAGCAUCGAACCAUUACAUCUACUCGGCAUACCCAAUGACAACAUGUCUACUUUCUUUGACUAUCGUGCCAUGGAGACGCUCAGCAAUAGUGAUACGCUCGCAAUUGGCAGCAGUCUCUCAGGGCAUGCACACAACAAUAGAGGCAACAAAGCAUAUGACACGAGUACCACUUGCUUAAAUGCAAACAAUUAUGGUGAAUCACCGCAGAGCAAUAGUAAUUCAGGCAUACCUGAUGAGUUCCAUAAUAUAAUUAGCGAGAAGAAUCUAAGUCCACCCUCGGCCUUCAGCGAUAACAACAGUUGUCUGGCAAAAGGUAAGGUCUAAACAUCAAAGUCUGGUAGCAGCACAUCAAGGAAGAUCAUAUCAACAUUGGAAUUUACGACAUAAUUAACCUAAAAGAACUGAAGAAUUCUGCAUAUCAAGUAAGCGAAUCUCUCUAACGGUUAUACUAGAAUUACGUCAUAUAUAUUCAUGAGAAAACAAAACAGCGGAGAAAACGUAAAAAGGAGAAUCAUUAUUGGUUUAGGGGUAACAAUCGAUCGAAACGAAGACGCAACCAAAGACUUUUCUGCAGCAUUUAAUCACAAGCGACAAAUAUAAAGUAAAUAUAUUUAGAAUUAAACGACGGGUGUGUUCUUAAGUUCACCGACAUUCACAAAAAGGAAAUCUUCCAAGAAGUAUCGCUUUCGUAUAUCGUAAAAGCCAUAAGACACAAAGCUCUACACAUCUCCAAAAAAUAGCAUACUUUUAGAUAUGUGUUACGUUUGUAUGUACUAGGCUAUACGCUAAUCCAUGUAAAUUUAUAAAAUUGCAGUAUUUAUGGCGAAUGGCGCCUAGUUAAAUUAAUUAGAGGUAAAAAGUGGCAUUUCGUUUACAAUUGAGUUCUCGAAACCGUUAGCUUGAACGGACAAAUGAGUGAAUGAUGAACAUAAUCGAAAGCGCUAACUAUCAGAUCCAUUUCAUCGACACUUUUACGUAAGAACCAUAACCUAUCCGCAGAAUUACUAUCAAUAGAGGGGAGCCAUCUCAAAAGAUUUUGUCAUCGCACAACAUUUGCAGAAAAUAUGAUAAUAUUAGACUGUUAUGUUUAAGAGAGGAAUUUGACUCUUUUUUUACUUGUCUUAAACUGUUUAGGAGAUGAUUUUAGUCCGCAAUUUUGCUUCCCAGUAAGCCGACACUAUAUUCAAUUUUUCGAAGGGUAUCAUGACGCUAGAGAGAGAACAAGACCGAAAUAAUCUGCUUUUGACAAAUUCCGGGAAUCUUUAUUCAUGAGAGCUAUCAAGCUUUCUGGCACAUUUCCUAUUAUUAUAUUUCUACAAAAUUGCAUGACCUGUGCUGCAAGGAUACACUUUUUAUGAACUAUAAUGCCAAACUUGAUUUUGGAGUCAUUUCCCAACCAUACUGUCUUUCUUUUUGGGUGGUAAACUAGGAGAAUGGCGAAUCAUUAAAACAUCAUUGUAAUAAAACAAGUUCGUGAGCAGUGUUUAGCAUUCAGUAUUAAAUAGAUUUUUUGUUGCAGCGUCUUAGACAACAUUUCCGCUCCGUAAUGGGAGUACUUGGCAUAUAUGUUGGUUGGCCAAUGCCACGCCUAUAAAACGCCAUUAAAUGAAAACAUAUAAACCAACGACCAUAUCAAGAUAAAUAACAGGGGAACACAGUUGUAAGUGACAUUGACUGAAAAAUGGGUAUGGCUCUGCACUAAACCACUUAAGCUAGCUACAAGAACCAAAUUCGAUCACGGCAAAUCCCUUUAGCACCCCUAUCUGAUAAAAUCGGGAGAUAACUCGGUUCACUUCCCAUAUAAAACUGUUAAAAAGUACUAAAAUGUGCGAUGGGCAUUAUUUAAAACUAUUCAAGCCGCUAGGUACCUAAUAUGUAGAGCCCAGUAUCUAUAGUUGGCUGUUCGCCUUCAACUGAACUUAGCCCUCCUUCCAUGUUUCUGAGUUAAAAUAAUUUCAUGAAUAUUUUCUUCCAUUUUCAUUACAUAGUCUCACUUUUUCAAAAGUUUUGCUUUGGAGAGAGUCCUUCUUCUGUUAUCUUUUCACAUUUUUACUAUAGAACUGAAUUUUGCUGCGAGCUCUUUUAGCUUUGUCUUUCCAACUGUGAAAAAAAAUCAUUUUUUAUAGAUUGUUUUGAAGAUGCUACGAGUAUUAUGGGUACUUUGUAGAUAUGUUAGUUUAAUAGUUUACAAUUGUAUCUGUAAACGUAUACUUAAUGCCAAAUCCUUCUUAUACAGUCUAGUACCGAAGGUUCUCAAUUUCCAUAUACGUAGCUAAGUGGAAAAAAUUUUUGACGAUUGAUUACAUUUUCCAGUAAAAUUCUUUACGCUGGAGAAAAAAUUUUUGUUGAUUUUUCUUAUCUGACUGCAAAAUAUUUGAGAUGUUGCUAUUGCUAAGCUCUGUAUUGGGAAAGUCAGAAGUGCUUAGGUAUUUUGGCGUAUAGUUAAAUAUACUGAUUUCUGAUAUAAAAAGCUAGUUUAUUUAAAAUAAAUUUUUUAUAUGAUUAACUAAUACUACUAUAUAAAUUCUACCCUAAUUAACUACGUUUUCAGUUAGUUUAUGGAAUUGACUUCAAUUUCAGCGAUUCGUGGUGAGAAAUGUUUAAAAAUAAGAACAGAAUUUUGUAGAAAAAGAGCAAAGGAAAUUGCAUUAGAUAAGUUGAUUAUUACAUAUACCAUACAUAUUUAUAAGCAUAAGCAACACACUGUUAAUUAGUUAAAUCUACAAAUGAAGAAUUAAUUACCAUAAAUAUAAACGAACUCCUUUUUUAAUAUUGUGUACAUAUAUACUAUAACGAAGUAUUUGAAAGCAUUUAAAUAUAUGCAUUUAAAACUCAAAUAUCGAACACGAAACCAAAUAUCAAUAUUACAAACUGAACAUACUGAGAAAUUACAUAGUUAUCUUAACGACUGUAUGUGUGUACAUAUAUAGAAACAAACGUUAAUAUCGUUUAUUUUAGUCAAUAAGGUAAAGAAGUCAAUAAAUCAUUAACAAUUAUUAAAAAUAAUUAUAACGGUAUAAGCCCCUGCAAGCCCAUAGACAACAAAAUUAGACAGUUUGGUAGCAGCAGAAACCGUGAAUUUGCGAUUAACCCUCGAUAUCAAUUUAAAGCGUCAAUUUUUUUAUAAAAAUUUGCAAACUUUUGAACUAACUAUGUAUUUAAGAAAAAAUUAAAAAUUUAGG